UUUUGAGAGAGAGAGAGAAAUACGUUUUUUGUUCAAGUCUUUUUUUUGUUUAAUUACUCUCUACCUAGUUUCUCUCUAUGUGAAAGUACUUAUUCAUGAGGAGGCUUUGCCCAAAUAUUGAUCGAGAAGAUGGCCUCGAGACUGUUCUUGAGGUCCCAAUACCAGAAGAAAUGUUCACAAGCAUGGGGACUAACCUGGGGUUACGGUGUCAGAACAUGUUGACGUGGAUGAAAGCUCAAACCUCGGACAAAUGGUCAUCGCCGGUCAUUGCCGGACGUUUUAACGAGCUACGUUUCUUGUUGUACCUUGUCGGGUCCCCACUUAUACCCCUUCAAGUCCAACUCGGCCACUCAAUCCACCGACCUGUCAAAGAUUGUUCCAUUGAAGCUUCAACGGCCAAAUAUAUUGUGCAACAGUAUACAGCAGCAACGGGAGGCCAACUGGCAUUAAACUCAGUGCACAGCAUGUGUGUGACCGGGCAAGUGAAGUUUAAAACAUCGAGUUUUCACAGAGGAAACGAGAGAAUAGAGUUGAAAAAGUGCACUGAAGAGGCUGGUGGAUUUGUGCUUUGGCAAAAAAAUCCAGACUUGUGGUGCUUGGAACUUCUUGUUUCGGGUUGCAAAGUGAGUUGCGGUAGUAAUGGAAAGAUUUCAUGGCGCCACUCCUCCAAUCAACAAACACCCAUUUCUAAAGGUCCUCCUAGACCCUUACGCCGUUUUCUACAGGGUCUUGAUCCGAGGGCCACAGCCAACCUAUUCAUCGAUGCAAUGUGCAUCGGGGAGAGACUGAUAAAUGAUGACGACUGCUUCAUUCUAAAGCUAGAGACAAGCCCCACCAUCCGUGAGGCUCAAAGUGGCCCAAACUACGAUGUCAUCCACCACACUAUAUGGGGUUACUUCAGCCAGCGCUCGGGGCUCUUGAUUCAGUUUGAGGACUCGAGGUUGCUACGGAUGAAAACUCAAGUAGGGCAUGAGGAUGUGUUCUGGGAGACGAGCACAGAGUCAGUGAUGGAGGAUUACAAGUAUGUUGAUGGUGUAAACAUUGCUCACAGCGGCAAGACCAGCGUCACAAUUUUUAGAUAUGGAGAGCAAUCAGCUAACCACAAGAGGGAGCUCGAAGAGAGAUGGAAGAUUGAAGAUGUCGAUUUCAAUUUGUGGGGUUUGACAAUGGAAAGCUUUUUGCCUCCUGCAGACCUAGAAUAAAGAAAUCAAAUAGUUGAGAGAUCAAUACCCUUGCUAGAUAAAGUUGGAAUUCUUAUAAAUGGAGUAAUUAAGGAGUAUUAAUUAAGGUAAAGUGAAAUGAUUUGUACAGUUUAAGAUAUGCAAAUCUUGCACAUUUUAUUUGAAAGCAA